GGUGUUAUCACGAUUAACGAUAGCUAUACCUUUCUUGUCGGGCUUGGCUGUCUGUGUCCUUUCCGUGUUCGGUUUUCUUCGGUGUUUAUUUUCUUUUCAUUUCCAUAUACAAAUACUGCUCUAAAUCAUUUCACAUAUCAUUCUCGGUAAUGCAUCGGUGUGGCCUUUUAUGCAUUUUUCUUACAUAUCACGAGGGACGGCAAGGGCUUAGAUAUAUGUAUCAAACCGGAACAGGUGCAUGUCAACGGUGUACAGUAUGUAAAGGAGCGACUCAGGUCUGGGGUUAUAUAUACAUCGGAUGGUGCAUGUCUAUAUUCCCUCAACACAAUCAAUCAUCUUAUACUGCAUCCUAUUUUCCUAUUCCUCUUUCAAAAGAAUACUUAGAAUAUUUCAAAGGCAUCAUAUGCUCUAAAUACAUUUAUACGAGUUUGUCUAUUCUGCGAAAAGUUAUAUUUUGAAGCAUCUCUCGGGUAAAUAUAUAUCAUGAAGUUUGUCAAAACGCGUUAAUACACCUAACUAUAGCUAUUUCCAUAUACACGUAUAAGGAGAUUUUGUACAUAUAUAGCUAGCCGUUUUU